CCGCCUCUUUGGUUCCUAGUGGGCUUGUUUCCGCCCGGUAACUUGACCCGGACGGACCGCAGCAGGAUGGCGGCGGAUGGGUCCGCAGAGGAGACGAUGACAGAAGAGGUGAAGGAGAAACGACAGAUGAUUCACGGGGCAGCGUUCCUCACCACGGUGGCGUCCGCCGGGCUGAUCGCGGGGUUCGGGUCCACGCUGGCACUGGUCAAGAAGAAGAACCCCGACUGGUUUCAUAAGGGGGCGGUGCCCACGGCGGCGCUGCCGGAGAGCGGGGCGUCCCUGGCGCUCCGGGCUCUGGGCUGGGGCUCGCUGUUCGCCUGGUGCGGAGUCGGGCUGCUCAGCGUCGCCGUCUGGAAGGUUCUGGAUGUUCACUCUCUGUCCGAGUUCAGACUGAAGAUGCAGUCCGUCUUCCCCUCCAUCCCAAAGUCGCCCGAGGCCACAGCUGGAUCUGAACCUCUGGACUGGGACUCUGUCUUCAAGUCGAAGUGACGUCGUGCUGGUGCUCGACGACCAAUCAGAUGAGAUCAAAUAUCAACGCGACUCAGCAGCUGUCUGUCAUCGUUCGAGUCCGGGACUCCGCUGGACCAGUUCAACAAACUCCUCUAAACAUUGACGCUGCAGCAACACAAGAAAAUCAGAAGCUGUUUUGAGCAGGAGGCGACGUGUUUGAUGCGUUUAGAGAAAACAGUUAGCAGCUUCUUUAAAUUGAAUUCAGUGAGAAGCAGGGAGCCCUAUACUAUAUCAUUAAUCAUGAUGGAAUGUUCAAAUAAUGGUAAACUUCAAAUAACAAUGGAUUGUCAUAAGCCCCUCCUCCAUGUUAGCAGAUGGGACACUGAUUAAAUAUUAGAGUAGACGUGGUUUCUGUUGUUUGAAGUCGUUCUUAUCACACCGGAGUUUGUUCAGCGAUAUUUCAGCUUCAUUUCUGAACAGUGGGAGGAAGUGCAGAUGUGUCGUCCAUCUUUAUUCCAGUUUCUGUAGAAAAGUAAACAGAAGGAUCCUAAACAUGCAAAGUGGUGUUCACUUGAACCCCCCAGCUUGGGGGAAAUGGUUUAACACAAGUCCUUAGCAGUCGAUGGGAACUAGCGAUCCUGAAAAUGGCCGAAUGGCUCAGAAUCAUGUGAAAUUGAUGAAUGAGAUGAAACGUUGGCUUGUUUAAUUUAAAUAAAUCAGAUAUAAUGAAGUGUU